AUGCAGUGUGAUGGAGUAUAAUGUUUGUGUUCCAGCAGUUAAAGUGGUUUGUUGAAAGUGAUGGAUAUUGAGGAAAAUAAAGAAUAUCGUUCGGAACUUAUUAAAUUAGUUCACAAAAAUGAAAUUAUAUGGGAUAAGACGAAAAAAGUCCGCCUCAGUUAUGCGAAGAAAACGGCAAUUUGGAACUCAAUAGGAAAAGAGUUGGGUAAACCGGGAGAACUAGUUCGUAAAAAUUGGCAGUCCUUGCGUGAUCAAUACCGUAGAGAUCUGAAGAGACAAGUGGUCGACGGAAUUGAACCAUCAUGGGUGCAUUUCGACGAUAUGUCUUUCAUUCGGAAAUUUUUGCGUCCUCGACAAUUCAAAGCAUGUCCCGAUUUAGAAGAAACGGAAAUUGUAAGAAAAGAAUGUCAUGAAAAAAAUAUUAAAACAAGGGGAUCACAUUCGAAGAUAUUUCGUACAUCAGGCAAUUUUAUGACCCAGAUCUUUCCCACAGCACACGAUCAUUCAAAUGCAGCUUACAAGGAACAUCAAGAAAGUGGUGAUACACCUCCACUAGUAAAUUCGGCAAUUCGUCUUCAUAGGCCAAUUAAAAUGAAAAUACACAAUCAGUCGGUUGAAACAAAAAAAUACAAUGCUUCUAUGGGGCCACCGCAUGAAACUGCAAAUGAACUCUUAGUACCAAGGGCACAAAUUCCGAAAAUUCGAAUCAAGAAUUUAUCUGCAAAAUCCGAAAUCAAAAUGCAUAGGAAAAAGUAUGCAGUGAAGAAAAGUAGGGAAGCUCAAUACUUAACACGAUCUAGAAGCAGUUCCAAAAUAAUAGAAGCACGCAAUGAGCCUCUUACCCCAAAAAAAGCUAAUUUAAGGCAAAAUGAGAGUUGUAUAAAUGAAGUUUGCUUCGAACACACUCAUUCACAAAUGGAAAAUGGAGCAGAAUCCACACCUGGCAAUCAAUCAGAACGAAUCCCGCCUGUUAAUAAUGUUAACAAAACUUCCACAAACAUCGAAAUACCGGAAAUAGAAAUUAAAGACGAAGUCAUAAUAUUAGCAGAUGAAAACGAAAAAGUUGAGGACACGGCUGCUACUCCGGAGAUCUCUACAAAUAUAAUGGAACUCGAAGUUUCUAUAAAUGAAAAAAAUCCAGUUGAAUUUACUAAGAAUACAAGUAUUUACAACACAAGUAAAAGUAAAGAGAUAGAAAAGGAAACCACUGCCAAAGAGGAUGAUGAUUAUCAUUUCGUGAUUAGUCUGUUGCCAACAUUGCGACGGAUUACUCAUGAUCGCAAACUAAGAACGCGGAUGGAAAUAAUGAAAGUUGUAAUGGAGGCGGCACAAAGCGAUAACACAUGAACAAGAUUAAACCAUAUAUUGUAUAUACUAUGUAUACCCUAUUACUAUUAUUAAAUAAGUUUGAAUAGAGCGAUGGUCAAAUAAAAAUAUGUGACUUUAAGUGGUGACAAACGUAGAAACAUAAUUACUCUCAAUUCUAUCGAAACUUUUGCUACUAUCUUUUAAACUCAAGGAGGUAAGUCAUAAUUUGAACUCGUUAAGUAGGGAAAAUGUAACUGAAUUUUUAUUCUUAAUUGCUGAGGAUAACUGCCCUUGGUUUAAAAAUGUUUUAUAGAUUAUUAACUUAGCUUUUGCAUAGUAAGGAGACUCCAAGCAGUGUGCAUCAGCUCAAACAUAUCGAAAUAAUAAAUAAGGUAAUGCUUUUGUUGUUUUUUAUGAAGAAACCUAUGCACCUUUUUAUUAAAAUAUUUUAACUUUAUCGCGUGAGAUGAAACAUUUCAUAUUUUUUUUUUUAUAUGCAGGUAUUCGUCAGUAUCCAGAUAAAAGUUGAAUUAAUAUUGAUUUGCACUUAUUCCUUCAUUGGCACUGCUAUUAUUAUAAUUAGAACAGCACAUACUUACAUAUAUGCAAUUUGUAUGUGCUGCUUGGAUUCCCUCUGCCGUCUUAAAAUGCUUGCCUUUCAUGCCAGCCAUGGUUAGGUAACUGUUGACAAGA